AUGCCUAAAGAGGGUUUACAGAAUCAAUCCUUCACCCUGCGGGAAUAUCAUUGGGUCUUUCUAAAGCUCAGGACCGGACUGGGGAUAAUGAGGCGGCGCUGGCCCUUUAAGGCCGGUGGCCGGUGGCCGACGUAUGAUGAAGAGCUCGAUAAGGAGAGGAGGUUGAGGGAAUGUGCGGAGAGAGAUUUGGAGGAGGCGGCGCGGAGGCUGCAGAUGUCUCACGACGAGAUCCGCAGGCUGACCGAAGACUUACUCUGCAAACAGCAGGAGACCAGCGAGCUGGAACUUGUUUUGCAAAAAACCCAGCAGGAGAGAGAUGAGGCCGGACGGGAGCUUCAGGCCGCUCUGGAAAAUGAUUCUUCGGAACUGCAAAAGGCCAAAGAUUAUUGCGCGAGGCUGGAUAAAGAGAUCCUGGCGUUACGCAAUCGCGUCAAGUCGCUGGACGCCGAGAGGAAAAAGUACAUGGAGCAGAGUGAAACAAGUCCAAGUGUAUCGACAAGCUCGCCAUCUCAUCGAAAUGAAAGCCUUCAGGACCAUGAGCUGCUUCACAAGAGCUGCCGACUCGCCAUCGAAGAGAGAGAAUGUCUGAACCAACAGCUGCUUCACAAGCUCCAGAAGCUGCAGAACGAGCUGGAAGAGACCACCGAACGCAACGAGGAGCUGGAAUCCAUUCUGGGGGAGACGCAGAACCGGACGAAAGAGCAGACUGAAUACUCCGAGUGCGAGAUAGACGGCCUUCACAAGACAAUUAAGAAUUUAGAAGCCGAGCUGCAGAAACUACGGGAAACGGAGAAAGGAGUCUCUGCGAUGGACGGGGAGGGCCGCGGCGGUCUGAGAACGCGGGCCGAUUCCCAGCAGAUUGCAGAAAGCCACGCGGAGAAGGUGAAGAUCCUGGAGAGAAACUUAAGAGAGGAGAAGCAGGAGAACGAGAGGCUGGCCGCGGAACUGAGAAAUACCCAGAAUGCUUUGCAAGCCGGAAAAGAGGAACUGCAGGCAUCGACGGUUCGGGUGAAAAGUCUUCAAAAUGACCUGAGGAGCCUUAAAAACUUGGAGGAGGAAAGAAAGAGUUUACGUGCGGAGAAUGAACAGCUGCGAAAGGAGAAGAAGACGCAAGACGGCAAGAUCUUGGAACUCGCUGAAGAAUGCAAACGAUUGGAGAUGAGACGAGGCGAACAAGACUUGCCCAGUGAGGCCCUGAUGGCCAAGGAGAAGAUCUGUCAGCAACUAGAAGGGAAGAUCUCAGAUUUGGAGAAUCAAAUACAUACAAUGAGUAUCCAAGUCUCCGAGAGUAAAAAGAAAUGUGAAGCUCUUCAAAAGCAAAUCCACGAAGGGAUGGAAGAGAAGCAGAAGCUCUGGGAAGAGACCCUGCAGCUUCGGCAAGAGACAAAAAACGCCAGACAAGACCUUCAAAGCAAGCGAGACGAGAAUUUACGCCUGAAGCGAGAGAUGGCGGACAUGCAGGAUAAGAUGCCCAGACCCCAGAGCUGCGGAGACGGCGCGGAAGAGAUCGUCCCAAAGUUUCUAACAGGCGAUUCUCUGAUCCAACAGCAAUAUGAGGAAAUUCGGCAGCUGCGCCAAGACCUCCACAGGGUUCAGAACGUGUGCGGCUCGGCCGAAAAGGAGCUGAGAUACGAACGGGACAAAAACCUGGAGAUUAAGAAGCAACAUAUUUCUCUGCAGCAAGAGAACACCAAGAUCAGCGGAGAAUUAAAUCACGUCAAACAGAAGCUGGCCAGCGUCACGGCGAGCUGCUCCGGCCUUGAAGCGGAACUGGAGAAGAGGCAGCAGAAGAUGAAGGAGACGGAACUGGAGCUUUUAAAGAGAAACCAAAACUCCAAGUUGCAAAGCAACUGGCAAGAAAGACUAGAGCACGAAAAAACCCGAACCGUCCUCGCGGAGAAAAUGGUCUCGGAGCUGCAGCAACAACUGCGAUCCUCCCAGCACCAGCUCCAGCUGUCGCAGACGCACGCGGCUGAGCGGAAACGCCUGGAAGAAGAACUAAAAAAGGUCAAAGAAAAUGAAACCAAGAUCCGAGCCCAGUGUCAAGAGGAGCAGCUGAGGAGAAAAGUCUUGGAUCAAAGCAUAGAAGAGUUAAAGCAAACCAUUAAAACUCUUCGUUACCAGGAGACAUUACUGACCGAAAAUAAUUCUGCACUGAAGUUUAAACUCAAUCAGCAGGAGUCACUUCUACGAAGUUUUGACGAUGAAAAAAACACAUCAGCCAAAGAGCGUAUCUAUCGUGAAAGUAACAACCAGAAGCUUUCUGAAGACCUUUUGCAAGCGCAGCAAGAGAAGGAAGAAUUGCAUAAGGAAUACAACAAGAUCUUGAAACAGUUGGAUGAAUAUAUCAGAAAAUACAAUGAGAAGCAGCUGCGGCAUAAGGCCAAGCUCGACCGAGCGAAGGACGUUCACUUUAAUGAACUAAAUCAGCGGGACGUUCGGGUUAAACAACUGGAAAUGGACAUCGCACUGUGCAGGAGCCAAGCAGAAAAGGAUCAGCAGUGGAUUAACAGGAUCACAGCAGAGAAUGACCAUCUUCACCUAGAGAACAGGCACAUGUUACAGCGGAUAAAUGAACAAGAAGCCAUAGAACGAAACCACCAGUGGGAGCUGCUGUCCCUUCGAAACAGGGCUCAUAUUCUAGAUGAAGAGAACAAACAGUUACAGGAAUGUCUGCUCCAGCUUUAUAACCAGGCUGGCUCGCUGGAUCGGGUUAUAAAGAAGAUCCAAGCCCUUAAUUCCGAGGAAAUCAGAAAACUUAUACCGUCCGAAUGUCUGCUGUUGAGGGAUACGAUGUUACAUCUGCCUGUGGGAAGUUUUUCCGCAGCAGGGCUGUCCAACUACAGCGGGAUAUUUCUCAGCGGCAGAAAUCAUGAGAAAACGGCAGACCCCCGGUCUUUGUCACACAGCCAGGUUUCAGAGGUUGGAUAUUUGAAUGGAGCUCCAGCGGGGGUUAAUGUCACUUCCCCAGAACAGACUCCACACCCAGCCCCUGAGGAUGCGUGAAACCGUUUCCGAGGAUCUAAAGGACGACAAUACGGUGCCUUUCUGAGAAUAAGGAUGACAAAAUGCUGCUAAUUGUAGAAUAAGGAUCCGAGAAAUCACUAAUGUUAUUGUAUACAAUGUGUCACUUUUAUUGAUGUUUGUAUUUUUCUAUUACUUUAUUAAAAGUUACAAAAUAAACUUUUCCCGAUUUUUA